GGUGGGCGGGUGGGGGCGCUCCGCGGGAGCCGUUGGUCGUCGUCGGGGCCGGUGACAUGUCUGGAAGCAGUGGAGGCUGCUGCGGCUCCGAGAGCUGCUGAUGUCUUCUGGUGAAGUUGUUUGGUGACCUGUUUUCUCUGCUGAGCUGGACCCCAGGUCCUCAAACUCCAGACCUACCCCUCUGCACUGCAUCCCAUUGCCUGACCUUUCCUCCUAAGAACACAGUAUCUUCUUCCGGAGGUGUUCUCUAGAUAAUUAUUAGCAUCCAUACUGUGCAAGCUGCCUACCAGGGGAUUAUAGUCACCUAUAAAGGUCAUCUCACUGCUUGUCUCAUUCCCAGGCACUGCAUUAAAACACUUUACAAAUACUGUUUCAUUUGAUAUUCACAACAACCCUGGGAGGAUAGUAUAGAGGAAAGAACACUGGACUUGAAGUCAGAAGAACUGGAUUUGGGUCCCAGCUGUGCCAUUUAUUAGCCGUGUGACCUUGGGGUGUUUUUGGAGCAAUUCUUCAUUGAUUGAUUAUAAACUACAUAUAGAUAUGGAUACUUAUCAGACUGUUAAAAGCAGUAAAAUGAAGACAAUGAAGGCUACAGUGUCUGUCAAAAAAAGCUUCAUUGAAGGUGUACUCCGGUCUAUAAAGUCUUUGUUACAGAGCCAAAAGGAAUUAUGCAGCGUGUCAGCAGAGGAACACUUAAGGCCAGAGGAGCAAGCCAAUAUGAUUGAGGUUACCUUUCUAGGUUUCAAUGAAGAAACAGAUGCCAGUCAUGUGCAGGAUUUAGCUACAAUUUCUCUGGAACUCCCAGAUCUUCUGAAUUCUAUCCACUUCUGCAGUCUAAGUGAAAAUGAAAUUCUUUUUCUGAAGGAUAUAAAAAAGUUAUCAGAAACAAAUGCUGACCCUCAAAAACAGAAUCAUUUUUCUAGUGUGCUUUGUGUAAUGAGAGUAUCUCCAGCAACACUCCCAAGACUCAGAGAUGACUUUCUAUUUAAUCUACUAAGCAAAUAUGCCACAGGCAUCAGAUAUACCCUGGAAACACACUUACGUCAGAAACGUCAUCUGGAGAAAUCUCAUGGAGAUGAUGAUGACACUAAUCAGUCAGUGUCUUCUAUUGAGGAUGAUUUUGUCACUGCAUUUGAACAGUUAGAUGAAGAGGAGCCUUCCAAGAUGCACAGUGAUGGAAUGAGCUUUGCUACAUUGCGGAGCCAGUGUGAUGCUGCUUCACAGACUAUCCCUGCCCACUGCUUAGAAGCCAGUGAUUCAGAGGUUCUGGUUAGCUCUCUGCGGCAGAAGUCAGUGGCCAAGUCUUCACCUUCCCUAAUAAAUGUUUUGGGAUUUAAGGAGCGACCUAAUGUGAAAAAUUCAGUCACAACAUCUGUUUUCCAACCUUGGACUCAAAGAAGUUUCUAUAAGCCAUGUCAUCCUUCAGAUACAAGUGUUACUUUACAAAAAACACUGUUUUCAUCUUCUCCUGCUGAAUCAUCUGAAUCAGAAUGUUCAAGCCCAAGCCCUGUUAUUUUCUUAGAUGAAGAAGGGUAUCAAAAAAGCUUAAAAGCAAAACUUGAGUUGCCCAAGAUUCCUGUAGGGAAAGAUGGUAUAGAAGACUCAGAUUCUGAAAUAGGUGAAUUUUUUGACAGUUUUGAUCAAUUCGAUGAGCUAGAACAAGCUUCGGAUGCUUCUUGUCAACUUAAAUGGGAACCUGUUGUAGGAAACCCAUCUAAAAAAAGAGUUCACAAACAUGGGAAAUCUUGUUCCGUUACCACUACCAUGAAUCCUCAGAAAUUCAAGUUUGAUCGUCCCACUCUCCCAGCUAAUGUAAGAAAACCAACUCCUCGUAAACCAGAAUCCCCCUACAGUAAUUUGUAUGAUGUCCCAGACUCCCCUCGCCCAGUGAAGACAUCAGGGGAAGACAGUGGUUUGUUUAGUCCCAUCCGAUCUUCAGCUUUCAGUCCUCUGGGGAGCUGCACUACUACUGAAUGCUAUUGCCACAUUGAUGUCAAUGGAGAGAGGUUUAAUGAAAAUCAUGAUAACAUUUAUGAUGCUUACUCUGAUUAUGCAAGCAAUGUUUCAUAUGAAAUACUCGACUCUGUUUUUCAUUCUCAGUUACUCCCCAAACGCACUGAAAAUAUAUCUUGCAUUGAUAGUAUUGUAUCCACAGAGGGGAAAAUUCUAGCUAUAGACCUUAAACACAGGGAACUUGAUUGGAAAGUAAGAUCAAAACACAAAUCUUCAUUGAUUAAGGAGAAUAUUCAGAAAUAUGCUGCUGACCUUGUGGAAAAAAGUUUUGGUCAGGCUUUUAAAGACUUACAGAAGGGAGUCUCUUCGUGUACCAGUGCACUCUGUAGCUUAGCGGUGAAAUUGACAUCCUCAGUCUUUGAUAUGGCUUUUAAUGAGAUUGGAAGGCGGAGAGCAUUUUCGCUGAAGGAGCGUGCCAUCAGUGGCUUAGCCAGCUUUCUGGUUGGGGAUGCUCUAACCAGUGCUUUACGAGAUUUACACUAUGUCAAGAAGCAGAUAUUUACCAACACUGCUGCGAGGUUUGCUGCAGACCUUGCUGAAGAACUUAUUUUUGAAGGCCUUAUGGAAGUGUGCCAGUUUUCCCAUCCACCAACACCCACAGGGACACACAACAGCCCUUUCGGUUAUGAAGACAAAGUAGUUAGGUCCUAUGCAAAGGAUUUGUCUGAAUCUGUCAUACAGGAAGCAUUCAUUGAGCUAUCACAAGUUGAUGUGACUUUUACCACAAAGGCAGCAAUUAGUGUCUCUAUGGAUAACAUCAAGUAUGUCAGUGCAGAAAGUGUGUUGCAGUCAACACAAACCUCAACUUCUUUUCCCACUUGUCAUGAUCAAGUACUGACAGCAUUGAAUCCAGUACAGGACUACGGAAAAGAAUAUACAGUUCAGCAGGCCUUGUUUUGUACUUCCGGUGUUGUAACUUCCAUACCAGUGCCCUUGGCAGGAAGCACCCUUGGCAGAUAUCUUACUUCAUCUAAUACACGUCAGGAAAGUUCUCAUGUGCCAUCAGGUAAUAGUCAUAAAAAGUACAAUGAUUCUACCCAAACAUACUUUAUGACAAAAAAUAAGGAAGAAGAAGUAGCUUGUCUUAGAAAUAUUCAUCUGCCUUCAAACCACAAUCCAAGUAAUGAAAGUAACUAUGAAUUUUCAUAUAACCAGAAUGAUCUUAAAUUAACAAAUAGCAUUGGAAUCAAUAGCUGUUCAGAAUUAGUCUGUGGUCUAUCAGCUAUCAAUAGUUUCUCUGGAACAAUGGUAGAUAUGAUAGUAACUGAAACUUAUGAAGCAAUUGCCUCCUCCAAAGUUACCAAAGCAGUUGGAGAAUCUUCAGAUUAUUUAAUGAAAGACAAAGCAGAAGGAAAAACACCUUUACCACAUGGUGGAGCAUCUCUACAGCAUGGUGAAAGUUGCUCUAAAAACUAUUUUGCUGAUCACUUAUCUAAAUAUAUUAUAAAACACUCCAUAGAUGAAAGCAAAUUUGUAGCAUCAAAUAAUAAGAAUGUGGCACACAGUGCAGGUAUGCCAACAUGCUCAGGCAGUAUUAGAAAAGAUGUAUCUAGUUUGAUAAAGAAACAUGAAACAACAGAGAAACAAUUUUUGCCUGCCCUUAAAGAGGAGCCACAGCUGACCCCAAAUAAGCCAACCAACUUUCAAGAUGAUCUAGAUCAGUCUACUCAGGAUAUAUCUUCAAUAGUAAAGGAUUAUGUUCCAGAGUAUAAAGGAUCUAUAGCUCCCAAAUUUUCUUCAGGUACACUACCACCUUGUCCUGAUGUAACAUUCCAAGGACAGAAUACAGAGGAACUCACUGAGGCAAUGGAUUCUUCAAUAAAGCCUUUUGACAAAUCAUUGAAAAAACAUGACCUGAAUAAAACUGUGCUUGGUCCUCUGCCUUUUGGGCAAGAAAUCUGGUUUUCUCCUGCUCAUACUUUUUCACCUACGGUGCUUCCUGGUGAAGACAUUUCACAGGUGGAAGAUAAACAGAAAAUCAGAGAUGGCAAUAUCAUACCUGAUACCCCUCCACCAACUCCUCUAGUACCACCCCAGACUAGUUCAGAACAGAACCUAAGGAAAUUAACCAAAAAGCUCAAAGGAGAAUUAGCAAAAGAAUUUGCACCUGCUACACCACCUUCUACACCUCGAAAUCCAUCUCUUAGUGGCUUAUCUGAAAAUGAGCAAAAUACCAUAGAAAAAGAAGAGUUUAUGUUGAAACUCAUGAGGUCUCUUUCAGAAGAAGUUGAAAGCAGUGAAGAUGAAGACUAUCCAGAAAUGCAUAUGAAAUCAGAGUGUUCAGAGAAAACAGCUCAAUAUGCAAAUCAUUUAGCCACACAUAUAAUUUCUUUGGCGACUGACAUGGCUGCUUCCUAUUUACAUGAUAAAAGCUUCCAAGGACCUAGUACAAAAUCUCAUUUAAAUGUUCAGAGUGAAACAUCUGGAUAUACUACACUUGUAAAUAAAGAUGAGACUUUGCAGUGCUUACAGGAUUAUGCAGGUGAUGUGGCUGGGGAUGUCAUCAGAGAGGCUAAGAAAAUGGUAAAAUCAAGACAUUGUAAACUACUGAGGCUAAAGAAGAGUAAUUGUUGUAUGGAUAGUCUUUAUCUCAAAAGAGAUGAGAGAGACUGUUGCUCAAAAGAGAAGUGGAAUAUACAGCCCGAACAGUGGCAACAGUGGCCGAGAGAGGUUGACCCACUUAGCCAUUCGUUAUGUCAGAAUUCCUACAUGUCAGGUCUGACAUCCAAGUAUCCCAGCUGUGAAAGUGUGACAGAUGAGUAUGCCGGUCACAUUAUCCAAGUCCUGAAAAGGGAAGGUGCUAAUAGUGAGUUAAUAAUGGAUCAGUAUGCUAGUCGACUUGCUUAUAGAUCUGUUAAAUCAGGACUACAACAAGCAGCUAGGAAAAUCCAACUUAAAUAUAAUAGAAAAAUAUUCCCUGUACAAAGCUCACAGAUGAACGGUAAGAAUGAACUGUUAAAAUUCUUGAAUAAAGAUAGACAUCAAAUAGAUAAAGAACAAGGCAAAAGAAAUAUAGGUCAUCUUUGUGAAAACCAAGCUGAUGAAAGAGCUAAUCUUACAGAGAGAAUUGAAUGUCCAGAGUUGUUAAGAUUUUCAGAAUCUCUUGCUUACAGCAUAACACGGGAUGUCACAAGAAAGCUAAAAAUGUCCACAAUUGGCUUGCCAAAAUCUUUGACAGAUUCUUGCCUUUAUAAAAAAUCUACAUGUGACGAAGAUCUGGAGGCUUAUGUUGAAUCAGCGUUUUCUAAAUCUCUUCAACUUUCUUCUCCAAAACAAAAACUUUACCACAGCACAAGCAGUUUAAAUGAAUAUGGAUAUGGAGACAGCAUUAUUCAAGCUAUAGAGCAAUAUGCCAAAAAAAUAGUUGAUGACACUUUAGAAAUAAGUUUGGAAUCUGCAGUUCUCCAAGUUUCUAAGAACAGAAAAUCAGCCGAUAAAUUUACUUAUGCUGAAAAGUUGUCACCAUUUUCUGGUACAGCGUGCAGGUAUUGUAACCUGAAAGAACACCAGGAUUGUAUGGGAAAAUCAUCGAAGUACUUUUUUGGACAGGAGCCCUCUGCUAGAAACAAACCACUAUCUAAUUCAAAACUUGUAACUGGCUGUCAGAAGUCUAGACUUUUUCACUUUGAUGUUCCCAGAAUCCAUAUUGAUCUUGAACAGAAGGUGGUGUUGGCUGAAAAGAUAGUUGCUGCAGCUAUUGAAAAAGCAGAAAGAGAACUAAGUAAUACCAGUAUGGCAGCUGAUAGUGGAAUUGGGAAAGAUGGUGUGAGCUUUGCUGACAACCUUACCGCAGAGAUAAUGACUUCAGCUAUGACGAACAUUGGUAACAAUGUUAACAUCAGUUCAAUAGGAAAAGAAGGCUUUCAGUCAGUUGAGUCUGUUGGCAGCCAGCAGAUGAGUCUGAGCAUUGGUGAUGACAGUAGUUGGUCCAAUCUAAGUUUCGAAGAUGACCAUCAGGACGAGAGCAGCAGUUUUCUUCAUCUCAGUGACAGUAAUGGUAACAGCAGUAGCUGGAGCAGUCUUGGUUUAGAAGGAGAUAUGUAUGAGGAGAAUUUAUCCUUUCCAACAUCAGACAGUGAUGGAACAGAUGAUAAAGAUGAAGAACAUAAACAUGCUACAGAAGGUUUGGAGAAAGUUGGGAAGAAACUGCUAAUAGUCAAUAUUGAUAUGGCCUCAUGUGUUGUGGAUUCUCAGCUGAGGCUUGCCCUUCAGUGGCUGGCUGCCUCUGAGGCUGAGGUGGAACAACUUUAUUUCCAUGACUCUGCAAAGAAAGAAUUCAUGCUGCUUUCAAAAAGAGUACGGGAGAAAGAAUGGAAAGUGGGAGACCUCUUACAGGCAGUUCUUAAAUAUUAUGAAAUGAUGGAAAAGGCUUCUGAUGAGGAGAGAUGCAAACCUCUGUUUUGUUGGAUCUUGGAAAAUGCAUAAAACAAAUCCAGCCACUGUACAUUUUAUUCCUCCUUUUGAGUGAAAAGAUAUGUAUGCAGGAUAAAAUGUAACUAACAAACAUUAACAUUGUUAUAGCAUAGUUGAAGGUGAAUAAAUAACCUUUUUUGAGUUAUUUGUGAUAUAUACACAAUAUGAUAAUCCAGUUCAUAUCUUUGUAAUCUGUAUUGGAAUAUUAUCUUCAUUUAUUCUUCUAUCUAUAUGUCAUAUUCAGACUGAGAAAUUGGUAUAUGAAGGAAAGUCUGAUGAUGAAGCUCUCAGGUGACUUUGUCUCGCAGGAUUUUCAUUGUGUCCAGUAGUGCUGCUAAAAACUACAUUUGUGAUUUAUUGAAUACUCUUUUAUUACUGAGAUGGCUGUUAAUAGAAUUUAGCCAGCUAGUAAGAUUUAUAACACUUUUACUUGCUACAGUUUUGCAACAUACCUGCCCCUUUGGGAAAAAAAUAGUAUUAAUGACUAAUUUAACAUCAGUUAUCAAUAAGAUUGAGGCUAGUUUUUUCUUCUGGAAAAAUUUGUCAUUUGGCCAAUCUUUUUAAAUCAUAGUUUUAUUUUUCAUAGUUAAGAUACUAUCAAACUUCCUACUGUAACUGCUUGAAACAGAACAACAUAAUUUAUUAAAGAGCAGAUACAUUAAAAUUUUAAAGUUGCUACAAACACCAGAAGUGAUAGCUUUCAUAAUCUUUGAUCACGUAAAACAAGUUAUUUGCCAAUAUUGCCAAUUUGUGUUGGAGUAAAAGUGUGUAUGUGAGAGUGUGUGUAAGUAAACAUCCCCUUGGCUUUGCAAAUGAUUUUUGCCCUAUUUCUAAGAUUUCGUUCUAUUUUACUUGUGUCUUAGGGAGAACUCACUGUUGAACAUUAUAAAGGUGCUUUAAAAUCUGACAUCACAACAAGAAGAGUUUUGAUUCUCUUUGUUGCUAUUUACAUAUUAAAUUUCUAAUUUUACCCUAUAAUGUAAUACUGAAAGUAGAGAUUAUUUAAAUUGAAAGAUAAUGCUAGAGCAAACAUGCUCUUCAUAGAGAGAAACAGUCAUACAGUUGAUUGAUAGAUUUUACAACAGCACUACUAUCUGGUAUCAGUUUCUUCAGAAGAGGUAAGACCUUACCAAAUUCCAGAAAAUGUGAUAUUGGGCCUGUAAAAAUUUUUUUUUUAACCUUAUAUGCUUUUUUUCUACAACAUGGUAUUUCACCAACCCUUUGGAUGAAAUGUUUCCUACUACUUGUCUUUGUAAACUGCAAGUUGAUACAAGCUAGCGUUUAGGAGAUACGCAUCAUAUUACAUCGUAAGUUUUUAAUUCAGCUUCCCGUUUUACCAAUAGCUGGAAAGCCUUCAACACAUCUCUCAUUGUGGGCACUUCUGUAUCUGUUAUCUUUUUUCCUGAGCAUCAAAUAUGCACAGAAUAAAAGGCAUGAUCUUUUUUCAGAGCAUUUACAUUGACUAAUAGUAUUAUUGUUACAGUGAAGUUCUCUCUCCCUUUUUUUUUUUUAAGCAAAGUGCUAAAAAGUAUUUGAAUACCUUCUGAGAUUUUGUGGCAAACUUUGAGAUUGUUUUAUAUAGGAAAACUGCCAGAAUAGACCAAACCUUUACCAUUUCUGUUAUUUCAUCUUGAAGUUGUUUUUGUGUUUUUUUUUUUUAAUUGGACUGAGAAAUGCAGGAAAUACUAGGCAGAAUUUUUGCUACUUUUUCAGACAAUGAGAUGAAGCACCAGGGGGCUGCUAUAAAUAUUAAGAUUAUUUUCUCUUGUUAACCAUAAAGUGGGUUAAUUGCGUAUUAGAUUUUAGAUUGUAUUUUUCAUAUCUGUUUUUAAAAAAUCUGUCAUUGCAUUUAAGAUGCAUAAUCAAUUAGCCGCAAACCAAAAUUUUGAAUUUGUUUUAUUCUGAAGUGGCGAUAUAACUAAUUGCUUUGCAGAUCAUUUUCCAAACAUAGAGGUUUUUGUAAGUCUCUCAGUAAUUCUUGUUUCAGAUUAGAUUCUGCUUAUAUUCUUGCCUCCCUCACAGUUUUUUGGAACAUUACUGAGUUCAGAGAUCCAUUAUAGAAGUACAGAGUUGUUAAUAAAUGUGAUUACUAAGAGUAAAAAAAAAAAUUAUGGAAAUUUCGUAUUCGUAUCAGGACAGUGACAUAGAAGUCGUUUUUAAGUAGAUGUCAUUAUAGGCAUUACUUAAGUUUCUUUGUAGAGAGAAAAUAGUGGGGCUCAAACAGUAUAUUCAAUCCCAUCGUUCAAAAUAAUUUUAAAAAUGCAUGCGUGUGCUUGUGUGUGUGUGUGUGUGUAUGUAUGUGCGUGCGUGUGCACGUGUGUGUGCUGUGAUUGUGUGUGUGUGUGUGUGUGUGUGUGUGUGUGUAUGAGAGAGAUUUUUCCAAUGAUAUUCCAGUUCAUUUUGACUGCUUAGGUUAUGCUUUAACUCUGUUUGGGACAGCUGUCAUUGACAUUUUUUGGUGACGAAAACUGCUUGAUGUUCUAAUUUCUUAAAUUGUCCAAUUUGUGGGGAUUUUAAUCCUGAUGAAAUGUAAUGACAUGUUCUGACCCGUUUAAAGUUGUGAUUUGUGUGGAAAUUUUUUUUGUAAAUUAGUUCCAUCUCAAGCCAUUGCAAGAAGUGUAGAAAUAAAAAUCUAAAAAACUGAAGAUAAAAUGAGAUAUGCCUUAGUACAUCUUUGUUUUCAGAUUGAUUAAAGUUUGUGCUAAGAUUUGAUUCUUUUACAUGGUCACUUUCAUGAAAAGAGAUUUAUCAUAUUUUUGGUAUGUUUAAAAUUAGUACCUGAUUUAUUUAAGAUUCUUUGUUUUACACAACUGAUUCCUUCACAAACCACAGAGAGAAUCUCAAGGUUUGAUAAGGAGUGGGGAAAAAUUUGACAUCCCUUUGUCAAGAAAAGUCUUAUGGAUAUAUGUGGUAGUGUCUUUAUUUAAAAAAUGCUUGCAAAUUUUAAAUAAAUUAUCUGCAAAACUUAGUUUAGCCUAAAUAAUGAGUUUUAUUUUGCUUCUGAGAAGAGUUUAAAUUGCUUACUAAAUGUGCCAUUCAGUAACAUAAAAAUGAAUAGCUUACUUAUGUGGCCAUGAAGGAAUUGGAACUAAACUUUGCAUUUGGAAGAAAGUACUAUCUCAUCAAUGUGUAUUUUGGGUGCUGGUUCAACAAAAAUUAUCCUUCAAGAUCUGAUAUUAUCAGUAAUUCAACCUAUUAAUAUAUCAUACUUUGAAAUCUACCAUUUCCUAAGGUAACUUUCCAUGUCUUUUUGUGGAGGGGAGGAGAAGGAUGGGAAGCGAAGGGAAGGGAAGGGAAGAGUUCAGUGGAAAUAAGGAGCUCCUUGUUCAUCCUUUGGGUGUGGAAGAGCACCCAAAAUUACACAUCCUGUCACCAGCACAAGAAGUUUAUACAAAUUAGUGGAUAUUGGUGAUUAUUAGUACUAGAAGGCAAAAAAAAAAUUUUUUUUUCUGUUUUCUUUCUUUGCUGCUUUUUUCUUUUGGGUGAAAAAAGGAAGAAUUUUAAAAUGUCAAGCAUUUACUGUAAUCUUGUUUUGAAGAGACAGAUGAAGUAUUAGCUACUCAUGUUUUGUAACAUUGUGUACAUUCCUUUUGUAUAGGUGAAGUUAUAGUUCUACAAGUUCAUUGUUAGUUUUGAAUGGUAUUUAAUAUUAAUUGGAUUUGCUAUUUUUGUUAUUUGUGCAGUGGUACAGUAAUUCACAACCUUAGUUUAAUAAGUCAGACGUAUACUGAAAACAGUAACUCUUUAUGUAACUCAGUCUUGUAUUUUGUAAUGGUGGCAUUUUUUGCUAUUCAGUAAUUUCAUGGUAUGUUCAGUUUUCAAAUGAUGAACUCCAGUUGCACUCAGUUGUCUUUGUUUUCACAGUGGCUUAAAAAUAAACAUUUCAAAAAAUACUUUUGUAAUAAAUUUACACUUUUUAUUUUA